AUGGAUCGAGAUACUUUUAAUGAAUUACUUGAGAUGGUGCGUCCAAUGAUUACAAAAAAAAAUACAGUUAUGCGUCAAGCCGUGUCUGCUGAAGAACGAUUAAUAGCUACAUUAAGAUUUUUGGCUACGGGAAGAAGUUAUAAAGAUUUGAGAUUUAGUACAGUUACAUCAUUUCAAUUGCUUUCAAAAAUUAUACCUGAAACUUGUUGGGCGAUAUACAAGGCUUUGAAGAAAACAAUCAAGGUAGUGUAUUACAAUGACAUUUAUUUAUCCUUUUCAAAAAUUACAAAUUCACUUAUUGCACUAGCCAGUCCUUCAUAUAUUAUUCUAUUCGUAUGUGAUGGUAUGUUAGGGUGUGAUGGUGAUGUUUGGGUGGGAUGUGGUGAUGGUGAUGGUUUCGUAGGAUGUGGCGAUGAUGAUGGUUGGGUGGGAUGUGGUGAUGGUGUUGGUUUGGUGGGAUGUGGUUAUGGUGAUGGUUUGGUGGGAUGUGGUGAUGGUGUUGGUUUGGAGGGAUGUGGUGAUGGUUGGUUGGAAUGUGGUGAUGGUGAUGGUUGGGUGGGAUAUGGUGAUGGUGAUGGCUGGAUGUAA